AUGCUCUUCACGCAGAUGGAGGCAUGUGCUAGCAGCUCUCGAUUGACCUUGACCCCUCUCAGACAGUCGCCUGCUUGUCGAGGAUGCUUGCUUAAUGUCUCCCGCCGUACAUUCGCUACGAGCCCUCUCAAACCGAAACCGAUACAGGGCCGAUCUCGCCGUUGGAUAAGACGAACAGGUAUCGUGAUCCUCAUCGGAGGCGGAGUCUACGCCUAUGACAAGCAAUUCAAUGCAAGUGCUCUGAGUCGGAGCUUGAGGACGGGCUGGAUAGGACUCGUGUGCACUCUUGACUAUAAGAUCAACUUUGCCCCGAGCAAGGCACAUGAGAUUGACAAUCUGCAUCAACGUGUCGCAGACAGACUACGUUGGGUCAUCGACACGAAUCAAGGGCUUUAUCUUAAACUCGGACAAGCACUGGGGCUACAAGCUGCGCUACUGCCAAAGCCAUAUCGAGAGGCCUUUGGACACGUCUUUGACAAGGCUCCUUCGGUCCCUUAUGCUGAAGUUCAAGGGGUCUUUCGACGAGAUCUUGAUGUCGAUCCGGAGGAUAUCUUUGUGUCCUUCUCGCAUGAGCCACUCGCUUCCGCCUCGAUAGCUCAAGUCCAUAAGGCGGUUCUUAGAACUCCACAAGGCGAAGAAUUAGUCGUCGCGGUCAAGGUUCAAAAACCCGCCAUCGAGAAGCAAAUGGAGUGGGACCUGUUCUCUUAUCGCUCCCUCAUGUGGGUUUGCGAAAAGAUCUUUGACAUGCCGAUGUACUUCGUUGCCAAAUAUGUCUCGGUGCAGAUGAAGAAUGAGACCAACUUUCAACAUGAGGCGGGCAACGCCAGGCGGUGCGCAGAAUUCCUCAGCCAGACUCCGGAAUUGAAGGACGAUGUCUAUGUGCCAAGAGUCUUUGGGGAGAGUGAAGGAUGUCGCGAAUCGCAGCGAAUCAUGGUGACCGAGUGGAUCGAUGGGUGCAGGUUGAACGAUCAAGCGGCUCUCGAGCGGAUGGGUCUGAAAGCUCGGGACGUCAUGGAUUUGGUCAUCUCUACCUGGGGAGCGAUGACCUUCUCAUGGGGUUUCCUGCACUGUGAUCCGCAUCCUGGCAACAUACUCAUCCGCCCGCACCCCAAGAAGAAGGGAAAACCUCAAAUCGUGAUCAUCGAUCAUGGCCUGUAUAUUGAAAGCACAACCGAGUUCCGGGAAGAUUACUGCAACCUCUGGCGGUCGCUAUUCAUGCUUGAUAUUCCUACGAUCGAGCGUAUAGCGCGCAAGUGGGGUAUCGCGCUGGACCCGAAUAUGUUCGCCUCCGCCAUAUUGCUUCGCCCAUUCCAAGUCAAAAAGAAAACGAAGGAGGAGCUGGCGCAGGAGCCAGAAAAGACUGCAUAUGAGCAGCAGUUGGAGCUAAAGUCGAGGUUCAAGACCAUGUUGGAGAAUGAGCAGCUGAUUCCGAGGGAAUUGAUCUUCAUUGCUCGGUGUCAAAGGAUGAUGCAGGCGAACAACCAGUUAUUAGGAUCACCAUCAAACAGGAUCAACCUCACCGCCAAGUGGGCCUCUACAGGGUACACCCGUUCACUGAACGCCCCUCGCACUAUCGCAAGAGUCGGUCUCAGCACAUGGCUCAGUGACCGAUUCCGAAUGAUCAUCCUCAGAAUGACCCUGGGAUUCAGCGACCUGAUCUUUUGGCUCGACCGAUUGCGACAAUAUCUGCUGCCAAAGUCCAAGCGGAAAGGCUGGGAAGAUCAACUGCAGGCACAGUUUGAAAGUAUCGCGAAGGAGGAGUUUGGGAUCGAGCUAGAAGACGACGUUUUCUUAGGCUGA